AUGCUCACGCCCGCCCCGGUCAAACCAACUGCCCUGGUCGAGUGGGAGCAAAUCCUAGGACCCGUGAACUGGUCCAAACUGCGCCGCAACAUGAUGACCAAUCUUGUCCCGCGCAACCGUGCCGGCCUCAUCUGGCGCAUCGCUCACAACACCGAGUACCUGGGUGAGAUUCGCCUGCUGUCUCGCCGCGACAAGCUCACCAACGAACAACUCCGCGAGGAGUCACACAGUGGCGCGUUCGCCUGCGUCCACUGCUUCCGACUUCAUGGCACCCGUGCCCCUCUCGAAAACUGGCUGCACAUGAUUGUCCACUGCCCCCUGGCUGUGGCGGUCUGGCGCGAGGCCGAAACGCUGUUCAGCCACGCGCAAGGCCCCUGGUUCCCUAGACAGCGUUCGCAAUGGCUCUUUGGCCCUAUCAAGAACAAACGCUACCACGCCUUGAUGAAAGACGAAGCACUCGCUUGCCUCACCAUCGUCAUGCACACUGCCCGCUGGACUCUCUGGACGCUGCGCUGCACUGCCAAGUUCGACAACACAGUGUUCACCCCCGCCGACGCGGUCCUCCGCUUUCGGUACCUCAUCACACUGGCAGCGCGCCUCGAGCACUCUACCAAACCCCUCCCCAAUCCCUGGAGGACUGACGACGACGGCGACGACUUUGGCGCCGCCCCUCUCCAUACUGAUGAGCAAGAGCAUCCCCCCUUCGAAAGCAGGUGGGGAAAGGCUUUUGAAAUCCGGUACAAUGAACGUCUUUCCACACAACUGUUUGCCCUCGCGUACACCUAUGUGCUGUCCCACCGCCUGCCAGCCGUCUACUUGUUUGUGAACCGUGUUGGCUAG